AAAAAAUCUAUAAAACCCACCCUAAAAACUCGAUCACAUUAUGCCCCUUCAGAGAACUCUCACCCUCAACAACCAUCAAAAUAUUUAUCAGAUCAUUCUCUCCUCUCAAGUUUCUAAAAAUUAUCAAAGCAUGAAUAUAUGUAGAACAGAAUCCUCAAACUGUGAAACCCUAAAGCGGAAAGAAGAAGUGAAAAAAUUCGAGAAGAAGAUUGAAAUAGAAACAAGGAGAGGUCCAUGGACUGUGGAAGAAGACAUGAAGCUCAUCAGUUACAUUUCUCUUCAUGGUGAAGGAAAAUGGAACUUCCUCUCUCAUUCGGCUGGACUGAACAGAACGGGAAAGAGUUGCCGACUGCGGUGGCUGAAUUAUCUCCGUCCGGAUAUCCGCCGUGGAGACAUAUCUUUCCAAGAACAAUUCAUUAUACUUGAACUCCACUCUCGUUGGGGAAAUCGGUGGUCAAAGAUUGCCCAACAUCUACCGGGAAGAACUGAUAACGAGAUAAAGAAUUAUUGGAGAACACGUGUUCAAAAACAUGCAAAACUUCUGAAAUGUGAUGUGAACAGCAAGCAAUUCAAAGACAUCAUCAAACAUUACUGGAUGCCUCGUCUCGUCGAGAGGAUCGCAUCCACUCAAAAUGUCGAAUCUGUCCCUAACCAAUACUCGCCUGAGAACUCGAGUGCGACCACUGCCGCCACGUCAUAUACGUCGUCUGAGUCCGUGAGAUCGAGUUUCUACGGUGGUGAUCAGAUGGAAUCUGGAACGAAGUUAGAUUCAAAUGGUGGUGAUUGGUUCAACGAUGGAGAUGCGUUAGAGACAUUGUGGAGUUUUGACGAACUCAACAACUGGCUCUUAGAGUAGCAUUUCAUGUGAUGGAUUGAUUAAAGUUAAUUAUAAGACAUAAAUAGUUUUGUGAUUAUACGACAUAGUUUGAAAAGUUUCGUCGUCUCAAAGAGCAUUUAAGCUUCUUUUUGAUUGCAUACAUUUCGAAUACUAAGACCGAAUAAUUUCGUAGCGCAAUAUAUAACUCUUUUAGAAA